UAGUAUAGAAACUCUUUAUAAUACUAUGAUUUGUUUUUUUAUUGUCUUGUCAUAUUGUAACAUUUCAACAUGUAUAUCUUACUAGCAUUUUAGUUGAAUUAAACCAAUAUUUCCUUAUGGUCUAUAUCGUUUUGUAUCAAUUAAUUCAACUAAUAAAAUACAAUUAACAAUGUCAAGAAAAAGUCGCAGUAAAAAGAUUGAAGCAGAUAUAAUGUCGAUGCCAGGGCCGGCUUCUACAAGUUUAGCACGAUAUCUACGUCCGGAAAGAUUUGAGUUAGACCCGAGUUCUACUGAUGCCGAUAUUGAAUGGACGCAUUGGCUAUAUACAUUUAACAAUUUCCUAUCAGAAAAUAAUGAAAAAUGAAAUACAUGCACGUCAUAUUCUUGGCACUCGAAAGCAACGUAGUGAUGAAUCUAUAGAUCAAUACUUACGUCAACUUAAAUUACUUGCUCAAAAAUGCUCUUUCAAGGAUGUCAAAGCAGAACAAUAUCGAUCAGAAUAUAUCAGGGACGCAUUUAUUGCUGGUAUUUCUUCACACAAAAUACGCCAACGUUUGCUAGAAAAUCUGGAACUGUCACUUGAUCAAGCAUUUAACCAAGCACUUUCACUAGAAAUGGCAGAAACAAAUUCUCGAUCUUUCAAUGAUAACAUACCGCUUAACGCAGUUGAUUCCAUAUCUACCUUAUCUGAUUCACAAAAUAAAAAAACCAAAACUUUGUCUUCUUACGAUAAUGAAGCGUCUACAUCCAUAUCAGGAGAUAAUAUAGCAGAAACCGUUAUAGCUGCCACAACAAAUAAAAGAAGAUGUUUCUUUUGUGGUAGUAAUGUAAUUCAUCAGCGGAUAAGAUGUCCAGCUUUAAAUAGCACUUGUCAAAUUUGUUUUAAAAAGGGACAUUUUGCUAAUGUUUGUCGAAGCAAACAAACUAUGAAUGCUGUCAUAGUAAAUGAGACUAAUAAUAGUAACUCUGCAGAGGUUGCAGCUAUAUCUGCAGCUUCUUUACCUAGUUUACAUAAAGCAACUGUACCUAUCACCAUUAAUAAGUAUUAUGCUGAAGCCCUUAUCGAUACUGGAAGCUCAUUAAACUUUGUAAAUGAAGAAUUAGCGCACUUAUUGAAACUUAAACAGAAACAUUGUCAACAAAUUAUAACUUUAGCUUCACUUAAUCAUACAUCACCAGUCAACUGUUACUGCAAUGCAACUUUACAAUUGAAUAAUCAUUCGUACGACAAUGUCAAAUUAUUAGUUGUACGUAAUUUAUGCGCUGAUAUUAUACUAGGUCAUGACUUACUUAAAGCUCAUCACUCCUUAGAACUGAAGUUUGGUGGUCCCCGAGAUCCUUUGAAGAUAUGUAAUGUCAUGGCUGCUAACUUACCUCAUGCUACAUUAUUUUCAAAUUUAUCUCCUAAUGUCAAACCCGUAGCAAUAAAAUCAAGACGUUACAGCGAGGGUGAUCAACAAUUUAUUAAAGAAGAAGUUGAAAAACUAUUAAAAGAUGGAAUCAUUGAGCCAAGUAUAUCACCUUGGCGGGCACAAGUUCUAGUAACUGGCGGUGGUAUCCAUCGUAAACGUCUCGUUAUUGAUUAUUCUCAAACUAUAAAUAAAUUUACAGAACUUGAUGCAUAUCCUUUACCUAAUAUUGAAGUACUUAUAUCAAAAAUUGCGCGGAAUAAAUAUUUUAGCCAAAUUGAUCUCAAAAGUGCCUACCAUCAAGUACCAAUUCAACAGAGAGAACGACCUUAUACAGCAUUUGAAGCAUGCGGUAAUCUAUUUCAAUUUACACGUAUACCGUUUGGAGUAACAAAUGGAGUAUCAGCAUUUCAAAGAACGAUGCAAUUUAUCAUAUCUAACGAAAAUCUUACUGACACUUAUGCAUAUUUAGAUGACGUUACUGUUUGUGGUAAGGAUAAGCUUACUCAUGAUGCUAAUCUAGCAAAAUUUAUGGCAACUGUAGCAAAGUAUAAAAUUACUCUAAACAAAGACAAAUGUAAUUUUGGUUCUGAGACUAUUAAUAUAUUAGGUUAUACUAUAGAGAACAAUGUUGUAAGACCUGAUAAAGAGCGUCUUAAACCUUUACUCUCCAUGCCUGCACCUACAGAUAUAAAUUCUCUAAAGAGAGUAUUAGGUAUGUUUGCACAUUAUUCUAAAUGGAUAAAUAACUAUUCAGAGAAAAUAAGCAAUUUAGCGACUAAUAAUUCAUUUCCAUUAUCACGUGAUGCAGAAAUAUCCUUUGAGAGUCUUAAGAAAGAUAUUGCAAACGCUGCUUUAAUUGCUAUUGACGACACACAAAUGUUUACUGUAGAGACUGAUGCUUCUGAACAUGCCUUAGCAGCAACACUUUCACAAAAUAGUCGCCCGGUAGCAUUUUUCUCUCGCUCAUUGACAGAGUCCGAAAGAAACCAUUCUUCAAUAGAGAAAGAAGCGUCGGCAAUUGUUGAAAGCCUACGUAGAUGGCGUCACUAUUUAAUUGGAAAACAUUUUCUUUUAAUAACGGAUCAACAAUCGGUUUCCUUCAUGUUCAAUCAAAAACAUUCAAGUAAAAUUAAGAACGAGAAAAUAGAGAGAUGGAGGCUUGAAUUAUCUUGUUUCAAGUUUGAUAUUAUAUAUCGACCGGGUAAACAAAAUAUUGUAUCUGAUACAUUGUCAAGAGUUUGUGCUAAUAUGUUUUCACGCAAAAAUUUAUAUGAGCUUCAUAAUACAUUAAGCCAUCCAGGAAUCACAAGAAUGGCUCAUUGGGUGCGGUCUAAGAAUUUACCGUAUUCGAUUACUGAAAUUAAGAAUAUGACUGCAAGUUGUCCUAUUUGUUCAGAGAUAAAGCCAAGAUUUGCAAACAGUAAAGGACGACUUAUUAAAGCGACGUCCCCAUUUGAAAGACUUAGUUUAGACUUCAAAGGGCCGUUGCCUUCAAAUUCCGAAAAUAAAUACAUUUUAACUAUUGUUGAUGAAUUUUCUCGAUUUCCCUUUGCCUACCCCUGCAAAGAUGUAUCAUCCGCUACUAUAAUAGCAAGUUUAAAGCAUCUUUUCUUUACUUUUGGAACUCCUCUCUAUGUACAUUCAGACCGUGGAACUGGAUUUAUGUCACAAGAAUUUAAAGAUUUCCUAAUAAGGAAUGAUAUUGCAUGCAGCAGGACUACGCCUUAUAAUCCAGAAGGAAAUGGCCAGGUCGAAAGACUGAAUGGGACUCUGUGGAGAACUAUACAAUUAUCCUUACGAUCCAAAAACCUAGAUAUUCGGUAUUGGGAAGAUGUCUUGCCUUUAGCGCUGCACUCAAUUCGAUCGUUAUUAUGCACAGCUACUAAUGCUACACCACAUGAGAAGAUGUUCUGUUUCCCGAGACGAUCUGGUAAUGGAGUUUCUUUACCUUCUUGGUUAAUGAUUCCGGGCCCAGUACUAUUAAAAAAAAAUGUAAGAAAAAGUAAAUAUGAUCCUUUAGUGGAAGAAGUGGAACUGCUGGAAUCAAACCCAAACUAUUCUAUAAUACGCUUUGCUGAUGGGAGAGAGGAUACAGUAUCAAACCGACAUCUAGCGCCAAUUAAUAGGCAAAUUGAAGAAGUAGUCACUGAAGAUGAAACGUAUAACUCCAUUCAUAACCCUUCUGAUACAGAUGCCGAGAUCUACCAGACAGCAUCUGAGAAUGAAAAUUUAAAUGCUGAUAAUUCUGGUUCAGAAUUAGUUCAUUCGCCCCAACGGCCUGUUCGUGAAAGAAGGCCCCCUGUUUACUUAAAUGAUUAUGAAUCAUAA